AUGAUUACACUUACAAGCACAGAGCUAAACUAUCUAGUGUACAGGUAUCUCAUUGAAGAAGGAUACACGCAUUCUGCAUAUGUGUUUGGCCACGAAACAAUGAUUGAGGAUAACCCUGCAGUCCCGCAGCUCCAAAAGAAUGCGCUAAAACACUAUAUAAUAAAAGGAAUAGAAAUGGAGUACGUGGAAAAGCACUCGGAUAUGGCCACAGGGAUAAGAAAGUGCACUUCGAAAUACAGCAUAUCCACACCGCACAUGUGCAUAGAACAGGAAAUUGAAAUACACCCGCUCUAUCUGGAGUCGCAGGAAAGCGACGUGAGUCUCUGCGCAUGGGCUGCAAAUGGGGAAAUGGUGACAGGAAGCCAAAACUGUCUGCUGCGCCUGUGGAGUGUCCCGAAUGUAACAAGAGAGUGGAAGCUGGGCAUGAACCAAAACAACACCCAUGGUAUAACCGGGGUGGCAAUUGAGUCGGAUUCAAUCUUUGGCAACCCAAAAAAAGGCACACUCGUGGUGGGAACUACCCAUAAUGGAGAUCUGUUUAUUACCAAAAACGGAAAAGAGUGGAAAACCCAGCAGGGACACAGAGGGCCCAUUGUGGCUGUGUCCCUGAAGGGCGAAGAGCUGCUCACGGGGGGCUGGGAUGGCCUGUGUAAAAAAUGGAAAAUAGAGAACAACUCGCUUGUAGAUGUAAAGACAUGGUCACUACACAAAGGUCCCAUUAUGGACAUACUCUCCCUCGAGCAGGGCAUCAUAACGUGCAGUGCUGAUGGCACUCUUGCGUGCAUAGAGCAAAAGAAAAGCGACUCGCAUGUGGUCAAGCUGGUUGGGCACGAGAGCGAGAUAAACUCGAUAGUCGAGAUGAAUGGGCGGAUAAUUUCUUGCUCAGACGACAAAAGUCUGAAGAUUUGGAAGUUCAAUCAGAAGGACCCUCUGAGCACGCUGACAGGGCACACGCAAGAGGUGUACUCGAUUGCAAGCUCUGCGAAUAUCUUUGCUUCAGGGUCUUUUGAUGCUACAAUUGGCUUGUGGUCUCCGGAGAGGGACGAAGCCCUGCGGUUUCUGAUAGGGCACGAAAAGCCCAUAUACACGGUGGACUUCUCCCGGGAUGGAACGCUCUUGGCAUCGGGCGGGCUGGAUCCUGUUGUGAAGCUGUGGGAUGUGCGGUCUAACGAGCUGGUGAAAGAGUUUGACAUUGGAGCUGCGAUAUACCAGAUAGAGUUUUCGCCAAAGGACAACACUCUGCUGGUGUGCAGCUCAGAUCCUCGGCCGAUUAUUCUUGAUAUUCGAAAAUAA